CCGGUACCCCAUUUUCCCUUUCCCCAUUUCCUUUCCUUCUCCUUCUUCUUCGAAUACUAAGCAGCAAGGACCGACCUUCACCAUUUUUUUUUCUUUCUUCUCUUCUUCCUCUUUAUUCAAACCUAGUUCUCUCUCUUCCUUCUUCUCUGUGCGCCAUAAUCGGGCAGUAGACCCAGCACUCACCAAAGCCACGAACACCACUUCUCACGGUGGUUUUUCAACCCUAACCGGCAUCCUUCUUCGUGUUUUUUAUUGGUGUAACAAGCUAAGGAGACGACGUCAUCGAGGAACCUUUCUAGUGAUCGCGGAGAAACGGACUUCGCUUCUUAAAGCGUCAUUGUUGAUUACAGAUCGGAUCUGGUCGGGAACAAGGGGUUAGCAAUGCUGAAUUAGAGUGCUAAGGAUGUCCUUUUGAGCUGAACAUGUGGGAACUUAAUAGUUUGUAUUAGGUUUAUGAUAAAUGUAUAUAUUAGACUUGAUUAUGUUGGUUAUUUUGGACUCGAAGUGAAUUGUAUGUUUAUCUUAUGUUAAGUUAGAUGUUUUGGUUUGAGAAUUAGCUGGAUGAAUUACGUCGAAGAGCUGGUGACCCCUUUGCUCAGAUUUUGGAGAUGUGAUUUAAGUUUCUUGGGAAAUGAACCCCGUGAUGACCCUGUUUACCCAGUCAACGGUAAGCCGGGUUGUUAAAGUUGGUAUCAGAGCCGAAAAGGUGAAUUGAGGACCUUUAGAUGAGUAAUAAGGAUAUAGGACAAGUGUGAGUUAGAGAAAUAUACUAGGUGUGAAGUUAGAGAUUGGUUAAACACUAGUUAGUGGAGUAUCGUGAGGCGGACGUUUAAUUCAAUUACUAUUUUACAGUGUUACAUAUGCUUAUGUGCGCAUGUGUCUUUAUCGAGUUGUUUAUUGUUGUUAAAAACGUAUGUUCUUUGUUUAUUUGUGCACGUAUAGCGAUGGCUGAAAAUCGUGCGCCUCGUCACGAGAGUCAUGAGACGAGGGAAGAGUCUAAAAACUCCCAUGACUCUGAGCGUACGGUCACGUCACAUGAGGCAUCUCAUGCGCAAUCUGAUCAUACCGAGACCUCUAUACCUGUCGUUCCGGCUGCCAUCACUGUCGAACAGUUUGAGACUAUGUUGAAGAUGUUCCACACGCAGCAGCAACAAAACCUUCUUCUGCAACAGCAGGUGCUUCAGUCAGUUAACACCGGUUCUUCAAAGGGUAAUUCUGGGCACGAUUUAGCGGCGUCACAAGCAGAGGGCAUUCAAAGGUUAGCCCCUAAGACGUAUGAUGGCAAGGGUCCUCCCACUAAGCUAGACGAUUGGAUCCGGGGGAUGGAGAAGAUAUUCGCGAUACUGAAGACACCCGAGGAUAUGAGGGUAGAUCUGGCGGUCCAUUAUCUGACCGGUGACGCCGAUACUUGGUGGGUUACCCAUAGAGAUGCUCUUCUACCCGCUCCUUCCGCGGAUACAUCGGAGCAUCCUUCCAUCGUACCUUCUCUUCCUUGGAGCUUGUUUGUGUCAGCGCUUCGCGACGAGUUCUUUCCUCUACAUCUUCAGCGGAGGAUGUUCGAUGAAUACUCUCGGCUUACGCAGGGAACCCAGACCGUUCACCAGUACUACGUUCGAUUUAUGGAGUUAGCUAAGUAUGUGGAUGACAUGAAGAUUGGGGAAAGAUUCAGGGCUCAGAGGUUUUUAUCAGGGUUGAGUCUGGAUAUUCGGGAACGUAUGAGGAGUUUGGGGCACGAACAUGUUCCGAACGUAUAUCAUGAUGCUUGUGAGGCUAAACGCCUAUGGGAUGAGCGAAAGAUCACUCAAGGGCUGAAGCGACGUAGAGAGGACACCCACGAAAUAUCACAAAGUAUUGGGGGUCGGCGAUUUUUAGCACCUACACAGUUACACCGAGAGCCCAGAUCUAGUUUUGGGAGAUCAACAUUGAGCACUCCUCAGAGUAGUAGGAACAUCGAGUGUUACCAUUGCGGGAAAAAGGGUCACAAGAGGAUUGAUUGCUACAAGUACAUACGUGAGCAAGGUUUAAGGGGUACACUGCAAGGUUCAGCGCGGAAACCGGUCGGCAGUCAAGCUAGUGUGACUCAGGAUAGAAGACAAGGUCGACCACAAGCAUCUUUUGGGCAUGGUCCGCACAGUCAGGGGUCCGCUAUGGGAAGUUCAUCUAGACCAUCUGUCGGUACACCGGUUUCCGGCACCAAGGCUAUAGGGAAGCUUAUGACUCUCAAGAGAGAUGAAGCAGAGGUUACACCAGGAGUUGUUACGGGUACGUUCUUAGUCAACAAUAAACCUGCAUAUGUUUUAUUUGAUUCUGGAGAAUCUCAUUCAUUUGUUGCAUCUUCAUGUGUAUCAAAGUUGCUCUUAUCUAGUUCGCUUGAGAUAAAUAGUGAGUUUACACAACCAUCGGGUGAGAGAAUUUUAUGCCAGCAAGUGUAUAGGGAUAUAGCCUUAAAUUUCAUGGGAAUAGAUUUACGCAUAGAUUUGAUAUAGUUUCCUUUAGAUAGUUUUGAUGUUAUCUUGGGAAUGGAUUGGCUGAGGAAGUACAAGGCAAGCAUUGAUUGUUGGAUGAAGAAAGUAGUUGUAUGAGGGCCUAAAGGGCAGAAAGUAACUUUUAAGGGUUUUGUGCCAAAGAAUCACACCAAGAUCAUAUCUGUUAUCAAACUGAAAACCUAUUUGAGGAAGAAUUACCCGAUGAUUUUAUGUCAUGUAGUAGAUACAAUGAUGAGCACACCCGAGAUAGGA